AUGGACGAAGAACAUAAUAACUUGAAUUGUAAGAAUACCGUGGACACCACUACAUUCACAGACAGCGAACAAAACACUCCAAGAUACACUAACAACGACUCAGAAGAAACUUCUGAAGACGUAUAUGAGACGUUAGAAGACUUAAAAGAUAUGAAUGAGUUUGUGAUGAAUGAAUGGAAGUCCAGUCUCCAACAAUUCAAUGCGCUCAUGAAAAUGUAUGAACAAAUGAAGAACGAGAAGGAAACAAUGGUCAAGAAGUUGUACGAAGCUAUGGAACAGAUCAAACAAAUGAAAGAGACGGUAACAGACUUGGCUGAGAAGCACCAACAAGUCUUCAACCAAUUGGUCGACGAGAAAAGCAAACACGCGGAAACCCUAAGACUCUUCGAGACUCAAACUCUCAACAAAGUGUUGACUUGUCGCUGUGAAAUUUGUAUAGAAAACAACUGUAUAAGUUCUAUUCGAGUGAUCAAAGAGGACGAGUUGAACGACGCCAUUCAAAAGUUAGAACUGGACAACAAGAAGAUGCAGACCAAAAUCGACAAUUUGAAUAAUGUGAACGACUUCAUUAGUACAACUUUUGACGCACCACCAUUGAGUAUGAGUGAUAUCAAAGAGAUAGUCAAUGGGUAUGAAGACAUGAUUAGAUACGAAUUAAAGAACACUGAAAUUUGCUACUCAGACGCAUUCAACAAUGACAAAGCACUUUCUGCAAUCGACGACUUUGUUGAGGAGAAGUGCAACACGUCCGUUAGGACUGUCAUUCCCAUCAUCAAAAACUUCAGAAAAGCCCUCAACAGAAAGGCUUCAAGAAGAACUACAAUAUGUGCCACCAACCCCCAAAUGGACGAACAACUCUUGAGGUUCCAAAAACUCCAAAGGUCGUCUUCAAUCAACUUAAAAAAUUCAACAGCUCUACUUGAAAGGAAGAAGAGUCUGUUAUCGACACUCAACAAAACCCCAAGAAAAGUGUAA